AUGGAUCAAUAUAGUGGCUGCUGUGUCGCGUGUCUUUAUCCACAGCAGUGCUGUGUAUGCGCUUACAUCCACCACCCCUCUGAACAGCCAGUAGAUCCGUUCUUCGCGACGCCACCAGAUCAGUUAGAAAGUCAAAUUUGGGAUCUUGAGCAUGGAUUUUCGCCACUCGAGGUCGAUGCCUACCGUCUCCCGCUGAAUAUCAGGUAUGAGGAUGCUCAUACAGCUGGGAUUAACGCUAGCCUCGAGUAUCAAACUCUAUAUCCAACUCUAUAUCCAACCCACCAGGAUUUCUUACUUGAUAACUUCGGAAACGUAUAUGCUACGACUGAGGUUACAAAUCUGGCAUCAACUACUCAUUGUCAUACUGCUGCCAUAGAAUUCAACUCGAAUGAGUUUCAUACUGAGUCUUCCGUUCUCGAACCAAAUUCGGCUGGUAAAUACCAAGCUAUCCACUACCAACAGCCGAAUACUGAUCAGGUUUAUUUCUGGCCCACCGACGCUGAGGGUUUCAGUAACGACUUCCAAACCACUUACAGCACUCUAGACCAUAUCGCUUCACACGGUCAGACCUGGCCGCAAUACCAAGAUAUACAGCCCCGUGACGAUGCAACCGAAGAAAACAACACCGAAGCCGAGGAUCUUUCUCAUCAAGAGACAUCAAACACCCAGCAACUACCAAAACCGAAAAAGAGGAACUUGAAAAGAGUAGCCCAAUUGAAUAACUCUAGUACCGACGAUGCAAGAGCUCUAUCUAUCCCUCCGUGCCCCACGCAAAAUCUUGUGUUUCCCACUCCGGCGGCAACACUUGGUUUCAAUACCAGUUCACCAAAAUGGGGAUUAGAUCAGUAUAUUCUUACCCUGCGGCUUGUCAUUAAACAGGCACUGAAAGCUACACGGUUAUGUUCGGACGAACGGCAAUCUAUUAUUUCUGAUGGUGUUUUCUGGGCGGUGAGAGAAGCAUGGCCGGAAGCUGAAGGGUUUUGGAAGUUCACGGCUUCAUUUCGAGGAUUCGUGCAGUCAGAAAUCUGGAGGAAUUUCCCAUCCCAUGCCACAUACUCUGAUCUCCACGGCGCGUAUCGCCCUACCGCACUUCAACUUUCUAUCCCCCACUCCCCGAUAAUAGAUUGGAUGCCCUGGCCCGAAUUACGAGAUCGAAUCAUUCUUGUGCAGGAUCAAGUGGAUGUCGAUCACGUUUGCAGAGCGCUUAUUCAAAACGUGGUCUCACAUCGCCGACUCCGACCAACUAAAUCUAUAACGGGCGACGAUGAUCCUGAAAGCUCAGACCUUAAUCAACCUUCGUUUCGUACCUGGGAUUUACAACUCCUCGAAAAACAGAGCGGGUUCAGCCCGACCGGUAACGAGGUCGCGUAUCGGCCACGAUCGGUCGGGGUUGUUGCGCUCGAAAAGGCGUAUGGUCUUGUCUUCGACGACUUUCUUACGCAGAAACUGCACUCGUCGUUCUUCGACGAAUUCCCGUUUCUAAUGUGUGAGAGUGCGGCGUCGAGGUUUAAAGUACAGGAAAUUCCGCUGGUGGUUCCGCAGGAUUUGGGCUAUCCGAAGCCAUUGACUUCUGAUUCGGUGGAUAAGUUGAAAAGUUUGGUAGAGAAGAAAAUAGGCCAGCGGAUCAUCUUGAUUUGA